AUGUAUGAAGGUGAAGAACAGCCAGGCUCGGACUGGACACCAACGCGGUGCAAAGCGAUACUCCUAAAUCAAAAAAUAAAAAGAAAUUCGCCGCGGAGGGCGCGCGCGCACGGCAGCCUGCCCACGGCCCGGCCGCUCAUCGUGAUCAUGCUCGCCACAAUCCUCCGCGAGAUUGACGCCGGCAUCGCCAUCUUCAUCGCCGUCGCUACAGCCAUCCUGCUCAAGGAGUGCGCCGAGGCGGUCGCGGGCAGCGCUGGCGCGGGGGACCGUGGCUCGCUCGGAAUUGCCGCGCUGCUGCUGGUGUGCUGCGGCUAUCGGUAA